AUGUCAUCUCAACAAUGUAUAUCUUCGUUUCGUUUAAUGACUUACAAUAUUCGUCUUGAUACUAAGUACGAUGGAAUAAAUCAAUGGCAUCAUCGUAAAAAUCGUGUUAUUAAUCUUAUUCAACAUUAUUCACCUGAUUUACUUGGUGUUCAAGAACCUCUUCCUCAACAAAUGAUUGAUUUACAAACAGGAUUACCGAAUUAUGGUUCUUACGGUGUUGGUCGAAACGAUGGCAGAGACCGUGGCGAGUUCUGUGGUAUAUUUUAUCGUCAUGAUCGUUUUGAGCUCAAUGAUAAAGGUACUUUUUGGUUGUCAGAAGCACCAGAUACGCCCGGUACUAAAGGAUGGGAUGCAGCUCUUCCACGUAUAUGUAGUUGGGUGAAACUCAAAGAUCGACUGACAAACAAAGAAAUUUAUUAUUUCAAUACACAUUUCGAUCAUGAAGGUCGUAACGCUCGUCGGCAAAGUGCUCAUCUUAUCUUAAAUCGUGUAGAACAAAUAGCUGGACCCUCGACACCUACAAUACUGACUGGUGAUUUUAAUUCAGGACCCGAAUCAGAUGCUUAUCGUACUAUUAUAACAAAUACUAAUUUUCAAGAUGCGAAACUUUCCACCGAAUUGCCUCAUUGUGGUCCAGAUGGUACUUGGUGUACCUUCAACGUAAAACAUGGGAUAGGCGAUCGAAUAGAUUAUAUUUUCAUUACAUCGUCACAUUUCAAAGUAUUGCAACAUGAACAUUUAACUGACUCCGAAAAUAAGUUUUAUCCAUCAGAUCAUUUACCAGUAUUGGGAGUAUUGGAUUAUAAAAAUUGA